AUGUUCCAGAAAUUGUCGUGGUUGGCGCUAUUGGCCCCUCUCUUGGCCGAGGGAUUUGUUUCCCCCCAGACACCAGCGUCAUUGCCCUCCAGUCCGUCCACUACAAGGUUGGGUCUGUUUGGUGGGAGCGGAGCCAAGAUUCCAAGUUCUCCAGCUGAUCGAGAUAAUCAGGCCAUUGCGGGAGUCAAAGCAGCCAUUGGAAAGCCGAAGACUAGAGGAUUCCCACUGAUCGAAUGUGAAUUCCCACCACUUGUGGCUCUCAAUAAGUUGGGCGAUGGGUCAAUGAGAUCGGCAAUCGAAGUCGAUCAGGCCAACCUGGCGUUUUGUUCCAAACUGAUCAAAUCCAUUUCUGUUCCUCUUUUGGGUCCCAAAGUUUGGCUCUUGACCAGUGGCGGUGCCGCAAACGCAUUUCAAUCAAAGGCAGAAAAAGCCGUCAAGGGGUCGGCGACGGUGGCAUCGCUCCGCAAUGGAAUCCCAGAAGGAAUUUCCAAGGGAGACGUUUGCAUCUUUAUUUCACCCAAUGGACGUGGAGACUACAAUGUCGCCAAAACGCUGGCGGAAACCACGGCCAAAGCGGUCGUAGUGGUCAAUGGACUCGCCAAGGAUCAAGAUAGUGUCCCUGGCAGAGCCACCAUGGCAUAUUACCUCAAACCACUCACGUACAAUUCACAGGUGGCGGGAUACUUGAUUCGAAGUUACCCCGGACAAUGGACCGUACUGGAUGCUGUGACGAAGAAAUCAUUGGGUUCCUUUUCCGAUAACGAGAUUCUGUUUGGAAACUCCAAUACACCCGAUUUGAGAGAGUCAGGACGACUCGUUCAAAAAUCUACAGAUGAUCGGGCCAUCGCAGCUCGAAGUAGAUAA